CAUAUGCUUGACCGGUUUGAGAAGACCAAUGAGAUGCUAAUCAACUUCAAUGGGCUGUCCAAUGUGCGCUUACAACAGAUGAAUGAACACUUUCUAAUGCACACCCGUACAUUAAUAGAGAUGAAGAAAGACUUGGACAGCAUCUUCAGACGAAUAAGGACUUUAAAAGGCAAAGUUGCGAAACAAUAUCCAGAGGCCUUUAGCAACGUCAGUGAAUGUUCCAACCUGGAGGAUGAUGAUGAUGAGUUUGACCCCAUCCCUCCCAGUGUGGCCACCACCAUCACUACCACUGCAACGUCCGAACAGAGCACAGAGUCAUGUGACACAAGCCCUGAUGUGAUCUCACCCACCAUUAGCUGCUGUUCUGAAGACCCCUCUCAAGAGAACACCGGCACACCAACCUCUGACAGUCACGAACCGGCAGUGUUACGGGACGAGGGUCCGGAUUCAGCUGACAUUUAAAUUUAUAAUAUGAUGUUUACUACAGCCAGAUGCCACUUCAACCAUGCAAGUCUACAGCUUAACGUGUACUAUGUGAAAUUGUGCUACUAAUUUUGUGUUAUUUUCAGUUUUCUUUUACAACUUCACACGUAUUUAAAUGACUGCUGUGGUAAUGGACUAGAAAACUAAUGCAAACUAUUUUUUUGCAGAUAAAUUCCAAAGAUGAUUAUGAUACAAUUAAAUACAGACAUGUGUACCUGGUGUUGUGUAAUAUUUCUUGUUAAAACCGCAUUAGUUAUUAUUUAGUAUUAUUUUUUGAAAUGUAUGUCGUGAAUAAAGCUUUGUCACAGUA